AUGUCUGAGCAUUCAACGCCGUCCUCUGUGGACCGCCAGGAAAUACCUCGAUAUCCUGGCGAGAAGCCCAUGCCUCCAAGAACACCAAGCAAUGAUGAGGCCGCGCUAUACAUUGCGAAGCUAGCAAUUCAAGCCAAGGACAGGCUCAAGAACAAGAGAAACUCAAAGUCAAAGAAAACCAGUGAUGACUGUGCUGAUCAGAAACAAGAGGAGGCACAGCCUGUCAAUGUCGAGACGGACCCACAGCCAGAGGAUCCCCAGAUCGAGGCUGCAACGAUCCCCGGAGCACAGAGUUGUGCAGACUCUCCACACGAAACUUCACAGUCAGGCCAGGAGAGCACCGAAUCUCCUAUCCCUUGGCCGGAUAUGCCAUUUGCGUACGGAGACUUUUCAACGCUCAGACUUCCACUGAAGUCGAUGUACGAUGGAAGUGGACAGUGGCCGAAGAGAACCCGUCAUGGUGGAAAGAAAUACAGCUGGAGCAACAUUGGAUUUCCCCGGGACGAUUCCCUGCUUGUCCCUGACUUCGAGGAAAACACCCACAUCGAUAAAGACGAGCCGUACACCAUGGAGUUGGCUACGGAUGUCAACAACAUUCGUUACAAGGAUCCAAAAGAGAUUGCUGAUGGAGCCGUCGAGUCUCUCCAAGAGAAGAACCGUACCAUCGAAACCUUCACCGUCCACGGUCGUACUGUUUGCCGAGUCAAGUUCAGCGACGUCAAUGCCUUUGGCAAGGGAUCCCCGUACAGCUUGUCCACAAUGUCCAAGUCGAUUGAACAGAAGAUCAACGAGGAUUUCCGUGUGCCGCCCAACCUUCAAAUUGAGCGUUGGGUGAUGGCUCACGUCCUGCUAUCCAUGGGUGGAGAGAUUGGUGGCAGAACUGAUGACUACUGGAGCCGAGCUCGUAGUCUCGCACAACAACAGCUCUAUGUCAACCCCGGUCUUGAGGUCGAAGCCAGACAGCAGAUGGAGGCGGGUGACCACGAGAAGGACCCGGCAUUUUCAAAGAUGUUGGCGCUUGUGAAGAAGGGCUGUCCUAUGAAAGCAUACAACCUCUAUCACCAGGCCCAGAGAAACGACUACGCCACGGAGAACGGUCUGCUCUACAAGGUAGAGAAUACGGACAUAAUCCUGGUCUUGGACCAGUCCGACAAUAUGAUCCUGUUCCAGUGCGGUGACGUCUUCAAGCAGCUCCUUACAAAGGCUGUCCAGAAGCUCGCUGCUCAAUCGUUUGAGACGUACAGCACCCUUACUCCGAUACCAUGGCCAGAUAUGACUCGACACGGCCUCCAUUGGAUCUCGUUCCUUUCCGAGAGACCGGACCUGGACUUCCGAAACCAAGACAACGAUCCACGUCUGGCGAAGUCAGGUGUCUUCCACAUCGGAGCUCGCUGCGAGAUCGGUGACCCGGAUGGUCAGAAACUCCCAGGUCCCACCAAAGACAACGCCGGAAGAAGAGUGUCUCUUCGCGGUCACGUCUUUCACCAGCUAGUGAAGUUGCGCUACAGUGCCUUCGGGGCAUGCACCGAGAUGUCCAAGUUCUUCUUCCAAAUCCUCGAGCCAACCCUCAUGCAGCAAUACAUCCGUGUUGCGGACGAGGUCGCCAAGCUGGGAGUUCCAUUCCAGACCAGACGCUCGGGCGAGCCCUUCUCGAUGCGGGCUCUGCUGGUCAACCUGAUGACGUACGAGCACCAGGAUACUGGAGACUGGCACCAUGGAUAUGCGUUCCUUCUGCCCGUCGGCGACUUCACAGGCGGAGACCUCGUCUUGCGGGAGCUGGGUUUGCAGAUCGAGGCUCCGUCGGGCUGUCUGCAGAUGCUCCGGGGCCGUGAGCUCAGGCACUCCAUCACCAAGUGGAGUGGACGGCGCUUCGUUUGCGUCAACGUCACCCACGAGUCUGUCCGGAGGUGGGCACUCCGCUCGCUAGGUGAGGAGGUUAAUGAAGAGAAAACCUCCCGCACCCAUUCGAUCUUGUCAGAUUGCAUCGAUAAGGAGCCGGAGGAUGUUGUGCCGGAGGACCAGCGAGAGGAGGAGAUGUCUCACUGGUUGCCCGAGAGUGAGGAUGAGCUUGGGGAAUCGGUUCACGGUGGCUCUGAGGCAUCACUGCCAUCGGAACCUGAGCGAGAGCGCCCGUCCAAGUCCAAGCACAGGGCUGCCAGCUCUUCCGACGCCUCCGCGGAGGCUAGCGACCAGAACGCGGGAAAUGCGAAGCGUCAGAAGAAGGCUUGA